AUGCCGAAAUCAAAGCGUGCCAAAGUUGUCUCCCUCACGAAAGUCGCCAAGCGCACGAAGGAAGAAAAGGGAGAGCUGAUCACACAGAUCCAAGAGAAUGUGGAGAAGUGGCAGUACUGCUGGCUGUUCGAGGUGGGCAACAUGAGGAAUGCCCAUCUCAAGACCGUACGGAAACUGUGGAAAGACUCCGGUCGAUUAGUCUUCGCCAGAAGCACUGUCAUGGCAAAAGCCCUCGGCACCACCCCAGAAUCCGAGCACCGACCAGGCGUUUCCAAGCUCGCUAGGCAACUAAAAGGCCAAGUCGGCCUCUUCUUCACCAACUCCCCACCCUCCGAAGUCACCGAGUGGUUCGCCGACUUCCAGCAGCCCGACUUCGCGCGCGCGGGCAACACCGCGCCGCGCACCGUCGUGCUCCCCGCCGGCCCCGUCAUGCAGCGGCACUCUGACCCGCCCGAGCCGUUCCCGCACAACGAGGAGCCGCAGCUGCGCAAGCUGGGGCUGACGACGUACAUGAACCGCGGCGUGCCGAGUUUGCACGCGCCGCACAAAAUUUGCGAGGCCGGUCACAAGUUGACCGCGGAGCAGGCGCAGCUGCUCAAGCUCAUCGGGGAGAAGAUGGUCACCUUUAGGGUCGGCCUACUCGCGCGAUGGGACGCGGAGACGGGCGAGGUUACCCAGAUCGAGGGCCCGAGGAUAGCAGACGCGCAGGUUGAAGCGGAGGGUGCCGAGGGGAGUGGCGAUGAGGCAAUGAGCGACUGA